CCGCUAUUGUCAUUUUUGUCUAUCAACAAAAUAAUUUAACAGUUUAUCAUCAUCAAUCAUCAAACCAUUUUUCUCUUACAUAUAACAUCUUCGGGCGAAAAAAAUGCCUCCCGUGUUGUCAAGUUUAAACAGUAUCAUGCGCGCGAAAGCAGUGCAAAAAAGCAUGUUCGAUCGAGUCCAACGCACCGGCGACUUUAUUCUCCGUAAACUCGCGCAAAAACAAUGCCAAACCACCAGCACCCCAUUGCGCGCACCCCUCAUUGUGGGGAUCAACGGUGCGCAGGGCAGCGGCAAAACAACGCUGGUUCGUGGCCUGGUCGAUUUCCUCACAGCGCGCAACAUAUCCACCGUGGGAUUUUCCCUCGACGACCUCUACCUGCCCUACGCGGAACAACUAGAAGUGCGGAAACAGAAUCCGUCAAACCCGCUACUGUGCUUUCGCGGCCAGCCCGGCACCCAUGACUUAUCCUUGGGCCGAUCCACGCUGACAUCGCUGCUUGAAGGUACGGAGGAGACGCGGAUUCCGCGCUACGACAAGAGCUUGCACUCUGGGUACGGCGACAGAGUGCCCCUGGACGAGUGGCCCAAGGCAGCGCCACCCGUUGACGUCGUGCUCUUUGAAGGCUGGUGUCUGGGAUUCCGUUCACUCAACACUGGCGAAUUCUCCGAAUACCUCGCCGGCGUUCAUGGAAACAGCGUCCUGUACAAGUACUCGCGCAAAUACUCGGAUGCCAACCUGGCGCAAAUCAACACCAAUCUCGGGGAAUUUGAAAAAACCUUGUACGGGUUGAUUGACGCCUGGGUGUAUAUGCGUGUGGCCGAUGUUGAUGUUGUUUAUAGAUGGCGGAAGGAGCAGGAGGAUGCGAUGGCUGCCCUGGGGAAACCCUCGUUGUCUGACCAGCAGCUGGAGGACUUUGUAGAGCGUUUUAUGCCAUUGUAUGAGAUUGCUUUGGGUAAACUGGAUAGGAAGGGCUUUUUAGCGUCUGGGUUGUUUGAGGACUACUAUACAUUGCGCAUGCAUUUGGAUAUGGACCGGAAUGUGGUUGCUUGGGACCACAUACUGUAAAAAAAAAGCAGGAUGUGGGUUUUCUUUCUCUUUAUUUUUUAUAGGGGUUUCUCCCACUCAUUCUAUUAAUUGGAUCCAAGCUACCAUUCGAAUGCCCCUAUGGUUCAAUAUAUCCAAAUGGGAAAUAGGAGGCUUGCCUGGUCAAAAUAUACUCCACCUUCCUCUUCAAUCUAUUUUCACUCUCUAUCCCUCUCUCUUUCUCAUGGUCACCUUUCUCUUUCAAAGUCGUUGGCAGGUUUCUUUUGUUGUCGCUGGAUUUUUUCAAAUGAAAAUUUUUUUGUGGUUGCC